AUGAUUUCAACAAUCGGCACAACAACAGUUCAAACAACUACAGCACCAAACUCGUUAGUUAUGAAUCCAACAUCUAUGUUGGUAGAGAUGAAAAACUUCAUUCCUUCUUCAUAUACUUUCGAAACAAAAAUCCAGAAGAUAAAGCAAGAACUUUUAACAAGUAAUUUAGACUGUAGUGCGAAAGAUGAAACAAAUGAACAGUAUCUUUAUGAAAUGCAGGACAUUAUUGACCAUUUACCCAAAUUGCCUGAAAUCCAACAACAAAAACUCACUAUUCCUGAAUUCGACGAAAUUGAAGUUAAAGUUACUGACUCAGUAGAAAUAAAGAAGUUCAUACGAAAGGUAAACUAUGAGUUUCUAGGAUUUCAUUGCAACCAUAAGGUUAUGGACAAAGAUUGCGACAUGGUAUAUAAGAACAUCUCUGACCUUUACAAAUCCGAAGAAUUUAAGACCUACGACAACUUUGUUUCAUUAGUUGCAAAAUGUGUUUGGGAAAUAAGAGAUAAAGAUAGAAGAGGUAAGGUAUGGAACGAACAAAUAAGACCCGCUAUGUUCGAGAUGAAGAGAGCAAUUGACGCCUUAGUUGUUUUAGCAGGUAAGGUUUCAGAAUAUAACGCAAAAAUGAACCCGCAAU